AUGAGCGGCGAAUCGUAUAAUAAAAUUUCGCCCGCUAUGCCAUUUGGGAGAAUCGAUUUAAACGCGUUCGCUCUCAGAACAUGCGGCGCUGUCUUUGGAGGAACGUUCGCCGCGACAAUAAACAAUACAAACAGCCCUGCCCUGCGUUUGACACCAGCCCGUUCGGAGUGGAUUAGAGCGCUCUACAGGGAGUUCGGCAGCAUUUAG